UCUGGAUGGUGUUUCCGGUACGGAAGAGAUGUCGUGUUCGGCGGCUAUAUAGCUGUACAGAAUCAGGACAAAUAAGCAUUAACAACCUCAGAUAUUCGUAUUUUCUUAAUCCCACGAAACGGAAGUUGGGUACGUAGCAUUGGAGUGCUAUCUAGAGUGAAGACUGACGUGAUAGAAGAUGAACUGCUAUGCUAAGAUGGCGGCGUCCAGUCAAAGAGAAGAUGGAAGAGAAUCAGCGCCACCAACUCCCAGCAAAUCAACGGAGAAAAAGUCCCAAACGCCACAUACCGACGUCCAGCAAUUGAUUAGUCAUCAAGUAGAACCUCCUCAUCCACAGAGCGGGAGCUUCACAUUCAAACAGGAGGAUGCACAGCACCUCCACAUUAAAGAGGAAGACGAGGAACUAUGGACAACUCAGGAGGGAGAACAUCUUCUAGGGAACGAGGAGGCUGAUCUCACUACUAAGUUGCCACUGACUGGUGUCUCUGUGAAGACCGAAGACCAUGAAGACAAACCACCUGAGUCCUCGCAGCUUCAUUACACUCCAAGUGAGGAGAACAGAGGGGCGGAGCCACAACACAUGACAACAGAAGCUGAUGGAGACCACUGUGGAGCACCACAAACAGAAAACCUCUUAGCUCCGCUAUCAGAUAGCGAUGACAUAACAUCACACUCUACUGAGAAUGAAGACAUGGACGAUACCGAAGAGCCCUUGAGCAGCGAUACAGAUAUGAGGACUCACACCGACAACAAACACUCUGAAUCUUCCAAAAAAAAGACGGGUAAAAAAUGCUCAGUUUGUGCUAAACGUUUUCUAUCUCAGAGCAGUCUGACCAGACACAUGCGUACGCACACAGGAGAAAAACCUUUUAGUUGCUCUAUUUGCGCUAAAAGCUUUUCAUUGAAGGGUACUCUGACUCGACACAUGCAGACGCACACAGGAGAAAAACCUUUCAGUUGCUCACUUUGUCCUAAACGCUUUUUAUCCAAGACCGAUCUGACCGGACACACAAGGACGCACACGGGAGAAAAACCAUUCGUUUGCUCACUUUGCGACAGAAGCUUUUCUUUGAAGUGUAAUUUGAUUCAGCACACAUUGAGACACGUGGGAGAAAAACCUUUUCGUUGUUCUGUUUGCGGGCAAAGAUUUGGCGAGGAGUCAGAAAAGGUGUCGCACAUGAGAAAGCACACAGGAGAAAAACCUUCUGUUGCUUUAUUGCAGUGAACAUGGAUGACAU